ACGAAAGUGGUGAAGUAGCCAUAGCUAAAGUACUUUAGGUGUGUCCAGCUUUAGAUAAACUCACCUGUAACUUAGAAUGUGGAAAUUCAAGUUCUCAAACUGUUCCUGAGCUUGCUGGGGAGAGCAGAUUGGCCUUAAACUCACCAAGAUCUGUGUGCCCCUGCCUCUCCAAAUUCUGGGAUUAAAGCAUAUGCUAUGCCCAUCUAGUUUCUUUGUUUCAUUUUGAUAUACAUUUAUACAUGAAUAGAAAAACAACUAAAGCUACAUGUUGCCUUUUUAAGGGUGGUAUUUAAGUGUGAUUCAAAAGGAAUCUUUUUUUCUACAAAGUAAUAAAAAUCUACAAGUUUUUUUUUUUUUUUAGCCAAACUGAGGAUAUACACAAAGACUAUUGCCAGCUUUAGAAGUAGAUUAUUUGGCAAGUAAGGGAAAAAUAUUGAGAGUUGGGGCAAAAUUUUCAAAGACAAGCAGAAAACAAAAUUGCUAAAUGACUGAUAUUCAUCUUCUUUACUCAUGAUGGGCUCUAAUCUAGUUAUGGAGUGUAUGUUUUUCCAGAUCUCUGAACCAUUUGGAAUGUAUUUACAUACUGUGAUGAUCAUUAACAUAGUCAUUACCUUUUGCUCUGGGAGCUGAGUUCACAAAGGGUGUGUGACUCUAGUGAUCCUAUGGAGGACUCUUGUCUUUUUCCACAGAAAUAGUUAAGUGUUGCCAUUUUUUUUUCACAAUCUACAAAAACAAGGGCAUUGUUAUUUGAGCACUAGAAUAUGAGAGGGGGGGAGACUGACUAUAAAGCUGUGGUCUUUUGUGUAAGUUAUGUUUCUGUCUCCCUUGCUGUUAUUUUGUUACCUUUGUUAUCAUUUAUUCAUCCCAAAACAAAACAAACCAGAACAAAACACCUUCCAUUCUUCAAAGUAAGCCAGAUUUGGAGAUUGUAAUUUUUUCCCUAAUGGCUCAGGUAGUUAAGCUUUUAUUUUUUAAACUAAGGACCGGAUUUCACAUUCAUUCAUAAUGAUAUUUUAACAUAAUUAGUUGCAUCAAAGCAAUUAGGCUUUAUUUUACUAGGCAAACAAAUGAGUUUCCACUAGAAAGGAAAUCAAGUUUGAUCUUUUUAACCCUAAGUCUUAUAUUCUGGAACAUUAAGCAUUUAUAUUCCUUUCAGUUCAAUUAAGAUUCUUAUUCUCUCCCUUUUUAUUUACCCAAUGCUACCCAGUGCUGGGUGCUUUAACAGUGAACUAAAUCUCCAGCCUUCUUCCCUCCUCGGUUCGUGAUUGAUACCUAAUGUGUACUGUCUGUUGUCUUUUGACUUUUUUUUUUUUUAACCUGGUUCCAUUUCCAUUUUUGAAUAGAAAGAAUCUUAAAAUUGUAAUAUGGGCUUGGUUUUAGAUCACCAGAUCACCAUGUUUCCUGACACACAUGUUCGUUCAUGUUCGUUCUCUCUCUCUCUCUCUCUCUCUCUCUCACACACACACACACACACACACACACACACCUCUUUUCAAGCAGACUAUUUGUUUCCUUUGUGACAGGGUCUCACUAUACAGUCCAAAUCGACCUUAGCUCAUGACCCUCUCUGCUCCAUCUCCUGAGUGUGCUGGGAUUAGAGGUCUGGGUCACCAAGUUCAGCUCCAGAGACUAUUUCAUUUUCUGUGAGAAGAAAAGGCAAUUUCUGCAGAAGUUCACUGUAAGGCAACUAACUUUGCACUUGAAAUUAUUUUAAUCCAGUGUUCCUCAAUCUUGCUAAUGCUGCUGCACUCCUUUAAUACAAUUUCUCAUAUUAUGGUGACCCCCAAACAUAAUAAUUUUCAUUGCUACUUCAUAACUGUAAUUUCAAUAUUGUUAUAAAUCAUGAUGUAAUAAAUAUCUCAUAUUCGGGAUAUUUGAUAUGUGACCCCGUGAAAGGGUCUCACAAGCCCCAAAGGGGUCAUGACCCACAGGUUGAGAACCACUGUUUUAAUGUUAGUUUCAGUAUCAGGUUAUUUUGCAUACUCUGCAUCAUAAAUAUGGGCCAUUUUCCACUUUUAGUCAUAGUUGCUCUAAGUUGUUGCUUUCAAGCUUUGAAAGUUUUAUCUUUUUUUUUUUUUUUUUAAGCAGGGCAACCCUUUUCUGUUUAUGACUUUUAAGAGGCAAGAUUUAUGUUUUUGGAGCCUCUCUUGGUUUAAAUUUGGUGUAACUUGUCAGUGAUGGCGAAGAUACUAUGCCUCUGUAGAAUGAGACGAGAGCAUCUUGCAUUCUAUUUGUAAGUAAUUGGAAGCCAGUGCAAGGGACUGGAGUAAUUAAGAAUAGCCUUGCAAGAAACUUGAUUUUGUUUUCAAAUUAAUUUUUCCACUUUUCUUGACUAAAGAAUAUAAUAACAUAUAAUAAUUGAGGUUUUAGAGAAGGUUCCUAAUUUGUCUGAAAAGUCCUUACUCUAGCACAAACUUGAAAGGGAUGUUUUGAGAAGUCAAUGAGUCAGUAGAUGUGACUUCUGAUUGUACAUCUGGAGUUUACACCUACAAAAGCCACAAACCUAGUACAGGUCCUAGUCCUGCACACAGAAAUAGAGAGCAUUGUAGGCACUAAACCCGUGGAUACCCACAAGUUAUGUCCUCAUUUGGAAGAGGAGACUGGCUCAUUUAGAGGAAGAAGAGUGGCCAGCGAUCUUUGGAUCUCCCUGAGGUUGUCACUUUCCGGUUCCCUUUAUCUGAAUCGAUGCACUCUAAGCUGGUCUAUUUGGUUUGUGUGCCAGUUUUUUAAAAAUACUUUGUUCCAACAAGAGAGGCAUUCACCUCUGGAGGCCGCCUUACCCUUUAACUUGAGCCCGGAGUUGUAGUCACCGUCCAAGUAUGCUCCCUGCACCUGACAUUCCUUCCCACUGGAGCCUUUCAGUGAAUAAGAGGAAAGGCUCGGCCAAUUAUACUAGACAAAGCCGCACAGCUGCGAGUCAGCUGGGAGGAGUUUCCGUUUGGAGCUAGAGCUGGUGGCGGCUGGCGCUCCCACCUCCUUCUCCCCCCUCGCCACCAUCCCCUUCUAUUCUCAGGGAUUACCUGGGUGGAGGCCGGGCUCUGACUCUGAACCGGGCAGCAGAUGCUGCCAUACCAGCAGGUGCCACCCACCUCCAGCCUCUGCCUCAAGAGCAAAGACCGGAGGCUCAGGUGGUACCCGGCACCCUGCCUGAAGGUUGGCGGGAGGGGAAGGGGUGGUCCUUACUGCUGGACCCUCCAGCUGACACAGGAAGUGCGGGGAGAGCCUGGCACUGGACUGGGAUCCGCCCCGCCUGCCGCUCCUAGGCUGUGCUGUCUCCGCAGAACAAUGAAGUGCUUCCAAGUUUGCUGAGACUCCUGGGGAAUCCAUCGAACUCUGUCAGCCUUCAAAUGUGCCGCCAGUGACUUCCCCCAAGAAGCUGUGUUUUAAUAAAAGAAGAAAAAGACACCCUUACUGGGUAGAUCGCUUUGUUAGGAGAUCCUCACGACCAUGGUCCAGCGCUUUAGCCUCAGGCGGCAGCUCUCCAAGAUCGAGCGUUUGGAAGUAAGCAGCCUUGCCCAGACUUCCAGUGCCGUGGCCUCCAGCACUGAUGGCAGCAUCCACACAGAGUCUGUGGAUGGAAUACCAGAUCCUCAGCGCACAAAAGCUGCCAUUGCACACCUGCAGCAGAAGAUCCUAAAGCUCACAGAACAGAUCAAGAUUGCACAGACAGCCCGAGACGACAACGUUGCUGAGUACUUGAAGCUUGCCAACAGUGCAGACAAGCAGCAGGCUGCUCGAAUCAAACAAGUGUUUGAGAAGAAAAACCAGAAAUCUGCACAGACCAUUCUCCAGCUGCAAAAGAAGCUUGAGCAUUACCACCGAAAGCUCCGUGAGGUGGAACAGAAUGGGAUCCCCCGGCAGCCCAAGGAUGUCUUCAGGGACAUGCACCAGGGUCUGAAGGAUGUGGGUGCAAAGGUGACUGGCUUCAGUGAAGGUGUAGUGGACAGCGUCAAAGGUGGAUUUUCCAGCUUCUCCCAAGCUACCCAUUCAGCAGCAGGGGCUGUCGUCUCCAAACCCAGAGAGAUUGCCUCACUGAUUCGGAACAAAUUUGGUAGUGCAGACAAUAUUCCUAACCUGAAAGACUCAUUAGAGGAAGGACAAGUGGAUGAUGGGGGAAAGGCUUUAGGGGUGAUUUCAAACUUUCAGUCAAGUCCAAAAUAUGGUAGUGAGGAAGAUUGUUCUAGUGCCACUUCAGGCUCAGUAGGAGCCAACAGUACCACUGGGGGCAUUGCUGUGGGAGCAUCCAGCUCCAGAACAAACACUCUAGACAUGCAGAGCUCAGGGUUUGAUGCACUACUGCAUGAGAUCCAGGAGAUCCGGGAAACCCAGGCCAGACUGGAGGAAUCCUUCGAGACCCUCAAGGAGCAUUAUCAGAGGGACUACUCCUUAAUAAUGCAGACCUUACAGGAAGAGCGGUAUAGAUGUGAGCGACUAGAAGAACAACUGAAUGACCUGACAGAGCUCCACCAGAAUGAGAUCCUGAACUUAAAGCAGGAGUUGGCCAGCAUGGAAGAGAAAAUCGCCUAUCAGUCAUAUGAACGGGCCCGGGAUAUCCAGGAGGCUCUGGAGGCCUGUCAAACCCGAAUUUCCAAGAUGGAGCUGCAGCAGCAACAGCAGCAGGUGGUGCAACUGGAAGGGCUGGAGAAUGCCACUGCCCGAAACCUUCUGGGCAAACUCAUCAAUAUCCUCCUUGCUGUCAUGGCAGUCCUCUUGGUGUUUGUGUCAACAGUAGCCAACUGUGUGGUCCCUCUCAUGAAGACACGCAACAGGACGUUCAGCACUUUAUUCCUAGUGGCUUUCAUUGCCUUUCUUUGGAAGCACUGGGAUGCCCUCUUCAGCUACGUGGACCGGCUCUUCUCACCCCCCAGAUGAUGCUGGCAUGGAACGCAGUGCUCUUCACCGUCUGGCGAGUGCAUGCCGAGAGCUAGACAGCAGCAUUACCCACUCUGAAGUUUUCUACAAGAGAGUUGAGUGAAUCUGUUUACAUUUAGAAUAAUGUUUUUUUCUUCAAGAGACACAAUUGCAAUAGUAUUUUUUAGAUUUUAUCCAAGAAGUUUUUUGGGCAAAAAUCUUGGAUCAUUUUUAUGUAGCAUGAUUUUCCUUGGGAUGCAAAUCUGAAACAGUCCUUUAACAUGAACAAUCUGCAGCACACUGAAGGGCAUUCUGAAUUGAAGCUUGGAGAACUGCACUAAACCCACUAAACAGAUGCAAAAACCUGACCAGGCCCAACACCCACCCUGCCUGGCCCCUCUCCUCAUCCAGACUAACUCUACUGUGAAAUCCCACCACAUUCCAGGUUGGAAUUUUAGAUUCAGGGUGGAUUUUUCCCUGCCAUGGAAGAACGCAGGCACCUCCCUAGCUUUCUCACGCUAACCCUGAAGUAUGAUCACUUCUGAACCUGCUCCUUUCUUAACUGCCGGGAUUGGAAGCAAGAGCAUCAAGCCCAUAGGAUGACUGCGCAAUCCUGUUCAGUAUUGUGAAGUAGCCCUUAAUCCUAACUUUUAAGCAAAAUCCCUUGGCCGCACUUUUAAGGUUUGGUUGUUUUUUAUAUAUGUGUGUGUAUAGUUACCAACUUAAAAAUAAAAAAUCCGAACAACAUACUUGAAGAAUGUAAUACUCAAACUCUCAGUGCUUCCUUAUAAUUUCUAAUAGAAUUUUUUAUUAUUGUUAUUAUUAUUGGGGUUUUUUUUUUUUUGGCUGGUUGGUUGGUUGGUCGGGUUUUUUUGGGGGGGGGUGGAGGGGACUGGGUUGGAAGGGUCUUUUAUUUUUUUUUCUCUGAAAUAAAGCAGUGCUGUUUUCAAAUGAAGCCGUGUGGAUAUUUCGGCGUGCUGCUCCCUGUUGUCUGGAAACAGUUGAGUUGGAGCCUGUUGCCAGUGCCACCCUCUGUCACCUGUGGCUGCCCUGGCUCUCUGGUCUCUAUCACCACACAGCACCAUCUCCCCAGCUUGGCUUGGUUAGAAUGGUGAGGGGUUUACAGAGUAAGGGGACAAGACUACACAGAUUAGCGUGGUAGGACUGGAUUUUGUUUUCCCUCCAAGUAAAUGUUCACCCUGUGACCUUGGGCUGGGAUUCUCUUUAGGAAGAAAGGCUACUACUAUGUUAUGAGAGUCAAAAAUUACUCCUUGUGUUUGCUUAAUUUAUUGUUUUAACACCCCCUAACUGCCGAAACCAAAGUGAUAUGGAGUCGUCUCGUCUGCAUUCUGCCUCAGUCACUAACUUCAAAGCUUUAUUCUGUCUGCCUGCGAGGAUCCAUGGAAGAUGAUUCCCCAAAAAAGCAGAAAAGGAAAUGUCAGGUUAGAAGGACCCAAGUUCUAGUUGCACACGUUUGCAAGCUUCCUACUAACCCAGACUGACUUACACUAACCUAACUGCUCAGUGGCUAUCUAGAGACACUUUAGGAAGGUAAACUGAGCUUGAUCCUCACCCUGUAGCCAGUUCCAUCACUCAAGUAGAGCCUGAAUCAACCUUCAGAGCCUGGUUAAUCUCAUAUCAUUAGAGGUCAAAUGCCAUUUCUAGUGGCCUCUCUGUGUGCCCACAUGAUGCAAAGGGGUCAUGUACUAUGCCCUGGACAAAGAAGUAUGUUUUGCCUAUGUCCCCAUACCAGGACAUUCUUUCAGAACUAGGGUGGUAUUGCCCUGUCUGUUGGAAAGGAUGGUUUACAUAGCAGCUCCAGCCUCCUCUUGCUUUGGCCAGCUGACCUUCUCACUUUGAUAGUUUAACUCAGGUACCCAGUCUUCAUCCCAGAUGCUUGUUCACCUCAUAAUGAGCACCUAGAGCAAGGACCAAAAGAAAAAAACGAAUUAAAACCAAUGCAUAUUCAUGCCAAAACAAAUGGUCCCCAAGCCUGUUUAAAAGGUUAACUUUACCUGAAAAUAUUGCAGCAGCUUCAUGCAAGAGUGCCACAGGACACUAUGACCUUGCUGGGCUAGCAUUUGUUGCCAUAAUCUAGUUGCUCUGGUAUAGAAGAGAACCCCAUGGGGCUGUGGGAGAGACAAUUCAGUGGCAGCCCACUGGCUUCUCUACCGGUUCCACAGGAACCCUAUCCCCUACUCCUACCCCACCUCCACCCACAAAUGCCACUGUGAUCCAUAAGCUGAAGUUUCUAAUUGCCUAAAGGCAGUUUCUGUUGUCUGGAGCUUCAGAGAGACAGACAGACCUGCACUAAUUCCCCUUCUUCCUCCAACACACUGUCUUGAGGCCAGGCCAGGCCCUGUCAUGGCUUCUUGCUGUCUUACCCCUGCUCGCUCACCAGGCCCACAGUCGCCUGCACUCAGUUUGUACCACAUCUGUUAUCCUGCCCACCUGUACUUUUGCUGCCCAUCCCUGUUGCCUUUGAGUUUCUUGGAAUUGUGGCUGUCCUUGGAAUCUCUUUUCUAUUCACAGCCCUUCUAUAGCCUUGCUCUGAUGGUUUAGCACUUGAUCUGAGAGAAGCUUGCCCAUAAUUUCAUGCUUCUUUUCCUUAAAAAAUAAAAA